GUGAAAGUGACCGCUGAUCAUUUAAAACUGAAAGUGGGCAACAAAUCUUCCGCUUUCUACUGUAGUUCAAUCGGGCGUUAAUCUUCACGCAUGCGCUGUGUCUCAGCAUUGACCUGUACUACACAACAUGGAUAGUUGUUGUGUUUGGUCAGGUGUUUUUGAAUGAAACCGUAAAACUUUGAUGACUGAAGGGCACCUGAGCUUCACUUGACUUGCUCAUGGCGAGCCAAGCCUGGCUGGAGUCUUCUCUGCGGCGCUCUGCCAGUCUGGGCCUGGAGGUGCUGGAGCGGGCCUCCAGGCGGAGCGUAGACUGGACAAGCACAGCAGCCUCCCAGACCCCCACUACUACAGAUGAGGAGCCAGAAAUUCCUGUCAAGAGAGCACGCUCAGAGCUUGAUGAUGUCUUUGCAACUAUCGCAGAUUACAUGGCACAGACGACCCAUCAGUGCAAGAGGUUUUAUGAGUCUGGCUGCUGCGCUACACCCACCGACACUGAGAGGAACCACGUGUCCAGGUUCCAUACACGGGCAGCAGCUGGAAUGACGAUGCCUGCACUGUCGGCCAGAAAACAUGCAAGGGCUCCGUCCAACAAAGACCGUGUGUCAGCAGCAAGUGAAGAUUUCUUCAUCGAGGUUUCCCCGGGGACGUACGCCAUCACUGCCGGCCUGCCUGAGUCGCAGCAGCAGACUCAGCUGGUCAGCGUCAAAGCUGGAGAGAGCGUCAACCUCACCUUCAAUCUGUGACACCUCACCUGACUCAUAACUAAAUUGACCAAUGCAAUUUAUGCUGUUUGUGUGUUUAUUGACAGUUUUUACGCUGAUUAUUUUGCAAAGUGUUUCAGUUGCUGCGCAUUGAUAAGCCAUAUUUUUAUUGCACUUGUGAGUAUUUUAUUAUCUAGACUGUGUGUCCAAAUUCUGUCCUAGAGAAUUAUGUAUUUCAGUAUUUUUACCUGCACAAAUACCAUAUCAGUGUGUUUGAAUAAAGUAUUUUUUAUCAUC